UCGGAGUUUGAAACUAUUUGAACAUCGGGAUGCAACGUAAUCGCCAGCGAUGGCAGGUUUGUCCCUGCCUCGAGGCAGACCUUGUGCUAAAAAGGGCGGGGACGUCGUAAGGCUGUUCAGAUUUCCUUACACUUGGCUGACAUUGGGCGUGAGACGAAGGACCUACUGAAUAUAUGUAGGCACCCAUGACUCUUAGAGAAGCGUAGGCACAUGCCAUGAUGCCAUCCUACACGCUGUCUACUCCCGCCAUCUUUGGUAAGCACCUGCCAUAUCCGUACACCGCACAUCUUAUUUUCAAUUUCCGGAUAUUUACGCCAAUCACGGGUAACCGGAUUACGAAGCGCUGAACCUUUUAAUAAAUGGGUUACCUCUCCCCACGUCCAAACAGUUCCGACUGACCGUCAGGUUGACUGUCACAUUAUUUCGUGCCUCCCUCAAGAUGCCUUCUGUGACGUUGAACAGUGUGUCAGGUGACUCUUUCGUCAAUGUUCGCAAAUUAAAUGCAGGACGCUAUCUGCAUGAAACCUCGACAAUCGCAGCAAUUCCGGACGAACUGUUAUCUGCCAUCUUUCAUGUUGCAACACACGAUUUUCAUGACUGUUAUGACGCUAUAUUUCACGCCACCACAAUCUCACAUGUUUGCCAACGCUGGAGAAACGUAUCUCUUUCAACCUCAUCAUUAUGGACCGUCAUUGUUCUUACAUUUCCCACUCGUCGCACUCAAUUCUUUCGCACCGUCGACUGGCUCGCGCGUUCCCGCUCUCGCCCUUUGCAUCUAUACAUGGAUUUCCGAGAUCCCGCAUGGAAUUGGGACGAAGCAUCACAUUACUUCGGCUGGCAAAAUAUGGAAAAUGUUAUGCGACUUAUUCUGCCCUAUGCGCACCGGUGGCAGAAGGUCGAACUUCUCACCGACACCUGGGCUCCUAUUUUUACCUUCCUCUCUUAUACCUCCCGCAUAAAAUCAGCUCCUAUGUUACAGGAUGUCCUUCUUUCCCGCUGUAACGCCUUCUUUGCUGCAAAGGGCGAGCUCUUCCGUCCUUCUGCAAUGAGGCAUCCAGUCUCCUGGUUCGGGGGAGGCUCUGCAUUCCACAGCCUUCGUCGGGUCUCCCUUGCCGGUGUACACGUGAACUGGAUAAACUCGGGAUUGUCGGGUCUCUUGGAACUUGAACUCAAGUACCACGCGAGCGAGGUGAUGCCGACAUUGCACGAGUUCUGUGACAUCAUAUCUGCAUGUCCUGAACUCGAGCGAUUGAGCAUCUUGGGAUGGGGUCCUCAGAUAGACGUAAACGUUGCGCCCAAGCAGCGCACUCUAUACCUUCCACAUUUACGAGAUUUCGCCUUCGGAUUCAUCGACGUCGAAUAUGCUAUUGAUCUCUUGUCGCUCUUUUACCUCCCCGCACUUGAAACGCUCUCGCUGGAAAACAUUUCUUCUUCACUAGAUCCGUCGCACCCUUGCGAUUCGUCCCGUCUUUUGGAAUACCUCACAGCAGCUCACCACUCGUGCACAACUUCGUUUCAUCCAUUCCCAUGCGCAACGUGCGGACCAUAUCCCUUAUCUUCACUUCGUUCUUUGGAACUUCACGGCCUUACAUCAUGCGGAGUUUCCUUGCGCUGCUUUUUGCAGGAAACCGCGACUCUCGACCAUCUCGUACUAUCCGGUCUGGACAAACUGAACUUACAAGCAAUCAUUCCAGACCUAAUCGCCGCGGCGCUUUGUCCGAGUCUUCUUGACUUGAAAUUCAACGAUACAGGCCCGACGAUCGCUGCGUUGUUAGCUUCUCUUCCAGUCGGUAUCGUUCGCAAUUCCAAUUCUCCAUCGAUGCGUGUCAUCGUAGUCGCGAAUGCUGCCGACAGUGAUGACGCAACGCACGAGCUCGUGCACCUAUUGAGGGCCGCUGGUGUCGAGGCCAUGAUCUUAGGGAACGCCACUUGUUAAGAGGCUUGGCGAAGGAAGCCGCAGCAUCAUUUAUCAAUUUCACGCGGCGCUCAUCAGUCACCCGUUCUUCCCUCCACGUUCCCCAUUAUCACCAACAAUUUAACGCCCAUCCUCCCUGCCUUGUACGUAUGUAAUGUCCUUCACGUCACACUAUAUAGUGU